GGCGUGUUCAACCUCUUUAGUCUUUCCAAAGCGUUACUACACAUAAAAGCCUUUUAUCUUAAGCAUACGCUUAACCAAUAUCACACAUAAACUGAAUACAUUAAUGUAAAUAUGCAUGUAUAUAUUAAAGUUGUUCUUAUGAUUUUUUCAACAAAGUUGAUUUCAUAAAACGGAUUGAUGAUGUAUCUAAGUCGGAGAAUGCAGAGCGGAGGUUUUGCGGUGUAUCGACAGGGCCUUGCGGAAGUCUUACAAAUAUAUAACAAAGUUGAGAGGAAAACAUCUAUGAAUCCAUGUCCGGCGAUUAUUCGAUUUGGAAGAGACUAUCAUAACCAAAUAUGUCCACAAGGUCUCAAGUUAUCAAAUCCGCUUAAUGCCGGGAGAUACUUUAGUAAUGUUUCCAAUGACUCCAAGAUGCAACCUUCUCCUCCAAACCAGUGGUUUAAUUUUCCCUCUUGGGGAAGAUGGGUUAUAGGUUCUGCGAUAUCCUUAGUGUUAUCUUUCUGGAACAACGAAAGGUUACAAAAACUGAAACGAAUAGAAGGAGAGGCGGAGUUGGUUGUGGAAGGGGUAGAGGCUGUAGCAGAAAUGGUGGAGAAAGUAGCGACGGCGACUGACGAAAUGGCUGAAGAAAUGGCAGAGAAACUGCCUGAGAAAAAUAAACUAAAACAAGUGGCUUUGGUUCUAGAACACAUUUCAGAGGUUGCUGCCCAUGAAGCACAUCUAACCCAAGAUUUCCUUCACAAGGUGGAAAAAGUCACACAAGAUAUAGAUGACUUGGAGGCAAUGAUAAAGCCUUUGAUAGACAAAAAAGUGGCAAAUGCUGAAACAAAGCAACAAACUAAAGAAGAAGAAGCAAACCAUGAGUCGCCUUCACGCCACUAAUCUCUUCAUAUAUCUCAUCUAAUUUGGUUGUAACAAAAAAAAUCUUCUUCGAAACUGUCUCUUAAUUUAUUUUUUCAUUCUUUCAAAAGAUACUGUAUAUUUUUCAUUCUAUAGAAACAAAAA